CAAAGCUGCUACCUUGCUAACAGAUCGAGAUACCUGCAGAAACUUGAUGGUGUAUAUGCCGUACAUGCAUGAAGUAAACUGUAUCAUAUAGACUAUAAGACGAUACGUGUAACAGUGGACAAAGAACAUAAUGAGCAGGAAUAUUAUUGUAUUAUUUGUACUGAUUUAUAUUUCAGUGAUUCAAGAUGUCAAGGCUGCUCAUUUCACAAUAACACCAUCCCAAAGUCUACAGCCUGGUGCUCGAAAUUUAACAUUACGGUGUUCACCUGCUUCUAACUCGUAUACUACUCUAUACGAUAUACGGAUACUAAAACGUUCCCUUGUACAGAAUUCACUACCAACACCCAUAGCAGAAAUAGAUGGGAACGGAAUUAAACCUGGGAGGGGUUUAGGACCAUACAACCAUAUAGUGACUGGUAAUUAUGAUAGAAACCAACAACCAACCGAAAGCUUCCUACAAGUUAUUAUAAAUGAUCCUAAUUGUGACGAUAGUGCUGAAUAUCAGUGCAUAACACAUGGAUCUCCUACUAUAGCUAAUGAUCCAACGUUGCUACAAGAAGAUAAAAAUGUCACAGUAUAUCAAAGUAAAUCGAGUUCACUAGACAUGGACCGAUCUCCAGAACGUAUGAAGUAUGGUGUUGGUGAUAGGGUUGAACUUAGUUGUUAUGGAUAUGUUGGAUAUUCUGAAAAAUUAGUGUCCUGGGAAUCUAAGUCAUCCGGUGAUUUAUUUUUUGACCCAAUAACAGAAAAUAUAACACUAUCGGGCAUUCCACCAAGAUCACCUGGAUGUGAAUAUUUUACUGAUAGUAUCUACCAAUAUUAUUAUGUUGGUAAAGAUGAUAAUGGUUUGCAAAUAAGAUGUAAAGUUGAUAACUCAGAAGUGGACAGUGUCAGUACAACUAUCUAUUUAGCAGAUGGCAGGCUCACAAUAACACCAUCCAAUUAUCAACAAAUAGGUUAUACAUCUUUAACCAUACGAUGUUCUCCUGGUUCUAACUCUUAUUAUACUACACUAUACGAUAUACGGAUACUAAAACAUUCCCUUGAACAGAAUUCACUACCAACGGUCAUGGCAGAAAUAGAUGGCAGAGGGAUUAGACCUGGAAGCGGAAUAAUAUCACCGAAAUAUACAGUCACUGGUAAUUAUGAUAUAAAUCAACAACCAACCGAAAGCUUCUUGGAAGUUAUUAUAAAUAAUCUUGAUUGUCCUGAUCGUCUUGAAACUGAAUAUCAGUGUAUAAUAAGUGGUUCUCCUACUAUAUCUACUAAUCCAGCGUUGCUACAAUACAAUGAAAGUGUGACAGUUGGAAUUAAUCCGGGUUCAAUAGAAAUAACCCGAUAUCCAGAGAAAAUGAAAUAUGAUGUUGGUGAAAAGAUUGAUAUAAUUUGUCAAGGAGAUGUUGGAUAUCCUGAACACGACUGGAACUGGUGUUCCAAUACAACUGGUCAUUGUGACCUUUUUUAUACCAAUAUAACAAAUGGCCAGGUUGAACCUCCAACAUCAACUCGAUGUGGAUAUUAUUCCAGAAGCACAUUCAGUUAUUACGUUGGUAAAGAUUAUAAUGGCCUGGAAAUCAGAUGUAUGGUUAAUCUCAAUGAAAUGUAUAGUGUCAGUACAACUAUCUACUUAACAGAUGGUGAUUCUGGUAAUGGCAAAACUCAAGGUACAACUACUGGCGUGGUUGAAACCACUGAUGACAUCAAGAAAAGAUGGCUACUUGCCGACAUAGAACGAAUCAAGUUAGAGCAAGAAAAACUGAAACUACAAAUAUCGCGUUUAACAAAUAAUACAACAAACUGUAACUGCGGUUGCAAUUAGUUACACGUAUAUUCCUUUCAGAAUAUAUAUCCGACUGAACUGUAACUGUUGUUGUAAUUAGUUACAUAUAUAUAUUCCUGAUUGAUUAUAUAAACGACCAAACUGUAUAUACCAAAAUUGCCAAAAUUUUAUUGGAAAUAACUACUCGAUAAACACUUUCUUGAAAAUGUAUCUUUAAGGCUUAAUAUGUAAUAGUCCCGUAAGGCAACCGUGUAAAACAAUGUUAUGGACAGGUAUUAAUUAAGUUAGUUAGUUACUUAGACAUCAGGUGAAUAUUAUUAGAUAAUAUGAUUGUCCUUUUACUGAAGGCUACUAAUCUAAUAUAUGUGUUUUAUAAUCUUUUAGUCUGGCUAGCAGCGGCGACAGCUAUCUCAUAUGUAAUUCCUUUUAAAAAUGUAUGUAUAACCUAUAUAACCAAGCUUAAUUUAAUUUGGAAUUAUUGGUUUACGCAACGUGAAACAGAUUGCUGGUUCUACAAUCUAAUUAAAAUAUAGAUCUAUAUUUCGUUUCGUUUUUUAUACUUUCGAUGGCCUACACCACAUGUAGAUCUAACAAGUUAUAGUGGGAGUUCACGUUCUAUGACGUCAGGUACCAAGCACCCGACAAUCGACCCGAUUACGUCAGUCAUUCGAUUAACCAAUUAGCGACCGCCAUGUUUUUUUUAUCUAUUUUUCCUUUGUUUUGAUUUCUAUUGCCGCUAAUGUCUACCCACAGUUCCGCGCAAAAAAGGUCAAACACUCGAUUCGACAGACCAUUUGAUUGGCUGACCCCUCAUUUCAAGCAGAACACGAGUUAAAUAACAAGUCUUCCAGACCCAAGCGAAGUAAAGACAAGUAAAAUCGAAAUUUUGAACUAUAAAAACGAAACGAAAUUGGAUCCGUGUUUUAAUCAGAUUGCUCGUUCUACAGAUCUUCAACUGGAACAUAACCUGGAAGUUCCAAGACUAUAUAUAUAAGCAGUUGUCUUAUAUAUUUAAAAUCUAUAUGAUAAACAUUUUAAUUUAAUAAUUUACGUAUAUCCAAUACGUUCAAGUUAUAAUUAUCAAUGUACUUUGCUUUAUAUGAAAAUACAUGUGCGUUUAUUAAUCCACAAACGAUAACUAAUUGAUCAACUUAACACGCUUAAUUCUUUUGUUUCUGGUAUGUAGAUAUGUUUAAUAGUAGAGACAUAUUAUUUGGAAUAUUACAGUAUAGCCAAUUGUGCGUCUUGUGGCAAAAUAUCAUGUGUCAGUAGCUAUUUUUAAAAUUCCUAUUUUCUUUAUUUUCUUUUACUGCAUGCUUUCGUAUUGCUCUUGGAAGUGGGAAUAAUGCGUUUUGGUGCACUCACUAUACGUAGAAAUGGCGAAAAGACGUUACGUAAAAUUUAAUAGUAAUAAUGAUAAAAAUUCCUAAUUUUUUUUAUUUACUGCAUGCUUUCGUAUUGCUUUUGGGAGUAGGAAUAAAGCGUC